AUGCGGACGGACGCUACUGGAGGCAGUACGAAGAAACCGAGGCUGGAUGGACCUCCUGUGGCAAUGAUUGGAGGAUAUGCUGGUCGAGGAGUACCACCGCCAAUGUUUGGUGGCGGUCAAGACCUCUACCGAUGCCGUUUCCAGGAGGCAUGGCACCGCCUGGUGCAGGGAUGGCCAUGCGGCCGCCCCCACCUCGAGUUUUUUGCUCCUGGCGGCGUGAUGCCGCCUUCUCGGGCACCAGGCUAUCCUGUGUACAAAGGUGGCAUGCCACCGCAAUGGCCAAGGGGACUAGUGCCACCCGGCUCGAUGGGUUCUCCUUCUCAAGCUGCACUUGGCUAUGCCAAUCAAGGUAGACCGGUGCCUGGGAUGGGUGCUGCAGCAGCUCCUUUGGGUGUGGUAGUCAGCAGUACGAACAUUUUCGAUGGGGCAGCGCAGAAGAAAGUGAAAAACGACCUCAGGCUCGUGUAUGCGGACGAAAACGUAUCCAUGGAAGAGAAGCGUGCACUUCGACCGAAGCGCGUACAAGCUACUGAGGAGCAACUGCUUUUGCUGGUGGGAACAGAGUAG